AUGUUCCCCGCCGCAGCUCUUUACACCUUCUCGCUCCUCGCUGUGGCCUACGCCCAGCAGCCCGGUACCCUCACAGCUGAGGUUCACCCGAAGCUGUCGACCAAGACCUGCUCGGCUGGCGGCUCUUGCACAACCAACCAGAACACGGUCGUCUUGGACGCUAACUGGCGCUGGACCCACGCAACCUCGAGCGCGACGAACUGCUACACCGGUAACACCUGGGAUGCCACGCUCUGCCCCGACGACGUCACAUGCGCGGCCAACUGCGCGCUCGACGGCGCCGACUACGAGGGCACUUACGGUAUCACAGCCUCCGGCGACUCGCUCACGCUCAAGUUCGUCACCCAGUCCGCCCAGAAGAACGUCGGCUCGCGCGUUUACCUGAUGGAUACCUCGGACUCCAAAUACGAGGCGUUCAACCUCAAGAACCAGGAGUUCACGUUCACGGUCGACAUGUCCCAGCUCCCCUGCGGUCUUAACGGCGCGCUCUACUUCUCGCAGAUGGACGCCGACGGUGGCCAGGCUCGCUUCCCGACCAACAAGGCUGGCACCAAGUUCGGUACCGGUUACUGCGACUCGCAGUGCCCCCAGGACAUCAAGUUCAUCAGCGGCAAGGCUAACGUCGAGGGAUGGGCGGCUGCUUCCAACAGCGCGAACACCGGUACCGGCGGCACCGGCACUUGCUGCACGGAGAUGGACAUCUGGGAGGGUAACUCCAUGGGCGAGGCCUUCACCCCACACGUCUGCUCCGUCACUCAGCAGACUGCCUGCACUGGCGACGACUGCGGUAACGGCGCCGACAACCGCUACGACGCUUUCUGCGACAAGGACGGGUGCGACUUCAACUCCUUCCGCAUGGGCGACAAGUCCUUCCUCGGCCCCGGUCUCACCGUCGACACCACCAAGCCCAUCACCGUCGUCACCCAGUUCAUCACUUCCGACGGCACCCAGGCCGGGGAUCUCACCGAGAUCCGCCGCGUCUACGUCCAGAACGGCAAGGUCAUCCCCAACUCGAACUCGACCAUUGCCGGCGUCAGCGGCAACUCGAUCACCGACUCGUUCUGCGAGGCUCAGAAGACGACCUUCGGCGAUGAGAACCAGUUCGCUGCCAAGGGCGGCUUGAAGGCCAUGGGUGAUGCCUUCGAGAAGGGUAUGGUCCUCGUCCUCUCGCUCUGGGACGACUACGCCGUCAACAUGCUCUGGCUCGACUCUGACUACCCGACCACCGCCCCGGCCACCCAGCCCGGUAUCGCGCGCGGCAACUGCUCGACCACCUCCGGUGUUCCCGCCACGAUCGAGUCCAGCAACGCCAACGCCCAGGUCAUCUACUCGGACAUCCGCGUCGGCCCCAUCGGCUCGACCUUCAGCGGCUCUGGCUCGACUUCGCCCGCUCCCUCCAGCUCGGCCUCUGCUCCCGCUACCUCGCCCACCACGCCCGCUGGUGGAUCGCCCUCCAGCGGCCAGGCUGCGCACUACGCCCAGUGCGGCGGUAUUGGGUUCACUGGCCCGACUACUUGUGUCGCGCCCUUCACUUGCACUGUCUCCAACGCUUACUACUCUCAGUGCUUGUAA